GAAUCCCCAAAUGUGCUGCAUGUACAGAUCAGGAGGUGCACUGCAGAUAACACUGUCUGAAAAACCAACGACUCACGUCAUAGUAAUCCCAUGCCUCACGUCAUUUGUGAGAACUGGAAAUCACGACUCGGUCAGCCGUGGACAUUACAUCAUAGCUGGUUAUCCUGAGUUAAAUACUGCGCGAGCAGUUCGCGCCGCAUUCUUUGCGUCAGAGAAGGACAACUGAUACGUGCACGGACGUUUCUCAGCAAGAGACAACAGACCACCGUCAGCAGGAGCUCGAGACUCCCUGUGAUUAAGGUUCAAGACUAUCAUUCCACUGACAACCAGUAACUGAUCAAAUAUGGGCAAAGAAUUUAGAGGUACAAUUGCAGAUCAACCUGACUUUGAUGCGGGCAGUGAUGCAGAGGCCCUCUAUAAUGCCAUGAAAGGCUUUGGAAGUGACAAGGAAGCCAUCUUAGACCUGAUUACCUCACGAAGCAAUGCUCAGAGGCAGAAGAUCCGUGCUGCCUACAAAUCACAAUAUGGGAAGGAUUUAAUUGAUGAUCUGAAAUACGAGCUGACAGGGAAGUUUGAACGUCUGAUUGUGGGUUUGAUGAGAACUCCAGCCUAUCAUGAUGCCAAAGAAAUCAAGGAUGCCAUUAAGGAUACGGGAGCAGGAACAGAUGAGAAAUGUUUGAUUGAAAUUCUCGCUUCAAGAACCAAUGAGCAGAUUCAUAAUCUGGUGGCAGCAUACAAAGAUGCAUAUGGAAGAGACCUUGAAGAGGAUGUUAUAGGGGACACAUCUGGACAUUUUAGAAAGAUGCUGAUUGUUUUGCUUCAGGGGACCAGAGAGGAAGAUGAUGUUGUUAGUGAAGACCUCGUGGAGCAAGAUGCUCAAGACCUGUAUGACGCAGGAGAGGCACAGUGGGGCACAGACGAGGCCAAAUUCAUCAUGCUGCUGGGAAACCGAAGUGUGACCCAUUUGCAGUUGGUAUUUGAUGAAUACGAGAAAAUUGCUGAGAAGUCCAUUGAGGACAGUAUUAAGAGUGAGCUCUCCGGAGACUUUGAAAGACUGAUGUUGGCUGUUGUUCAGUGCAUCAGAAGUAAGCCCAUGUUCUUCGCCAAAUGCCUUUACAAAUCCAUGAAGGGCCUGGGCACAGCUGAUAACACUCUGAUCCGCAUUAUGGUCUCCCGCUCUGAAACUGACAUGCUGGACAUCAGAGAGUGCUUCAGAUUGCGCUAUGAGAAAUCUCUGUACAAUAUGAUUCAGGAUGAUACAUCUGGGGAGUACAAGCGCACCCUGCUGAAACUGUGUGGAGGAGAUGAUGACAUUGCAGGGGAGUUCUUCCCAGAGGCUGCUCAGAUAGCCUACAAGAUGUGGGAAACCAGCAGCAUGACCAAAGUCCAGUUACGAGGAACUGUGCGACCAUAUCAAAAUUUUGACCCUGCAAGUGAUGCUAAAGCUCUGAGAAAAGCAAUGAAGGGAUUUGGAACUGAUGAAGAUACAAUUAUUGACAAUGUGACGCAAAGGAGCAAUGCACAGAGACAGGAGAUCAGACGGAUCUUUAAAUCUCUUUUUGGACGGGUACGACACUGUCCUGCCUAGUUUUGUUAGCAGUUG